GUCGCUCCUGCGCCUCCACGUCGGCACCGGCUGCGGGGCAAGAUGGAGUCGCUGAUCCUGGAACCCUCCCUGUACACUGUCAAAGCCAUCCUGAUCCUGGACAACGACGGAGACCGGCUCUUUGCCAAGUACUACGACGAGACCUACCCCAGCGUCAAGGAGCAAAAGGCCUUUGAGAAGAACAUUUUCAACAAGACCCACCGCACCGACAGUGAGAUCGCCCUCCUGGAAGGCAUGACGGUGGUCUACAAGAGCAGUAUCGAUCUCUAUUUCUAUGUGAUCGGCAGCUCCUAUGAAAACGAGCUGAUGCUCAUGGCCGUCCUGAACUGCCUCUUUGACUCACUGAGCCAGAUGCUGCGGAAAAAUGUAGAAAAGCGAGCUCUGCUGGAGAACAUGGAGGGGCUCUUCUUGGCUGUGGAUGAGAUCGUGGACGGAGGGGUGAUCCUCGAGAGUGACCCCCAGCAGGUGGUGCACCGGGUCGCGUUAAGGGGUGAAGACGUGCCCCUCACGGAGCAGACGGUGUCUCAGGUGCUGCAGUCAGCUAAAGAACAGAUCAAGUGGUCGCUCCUGCGGUGAAGACGCCCCAAGUCUGGCUCCCAGCACCCUCCCAGCACUCCACACUUCUGCUGCGACUUCUCGUCCAAGUCCAGACCCCCAGCCGAUGCUCUCUGGGCCGUCUUGGGGAACAGAGGGACCCUUGACCCCCCGUCCCACUGGGUGGUGGUUCGCCCCUCCAACUCCUGUUCCUCCCUCUGUGUGUGCUGUUCGGGGGUCAAGGCCCCGCGGAGCUGGCCGCGCACCCUCUCCUCCUCUAGAUGGAUUCUGCUCCCAAGCUCUCCUGCACCCACACCGCCGCCCCCCCCCCCCCAAAAAACCCUACUCCUCAACUUCUGUGCCCUUUGUUGCAGCUACACUUCAGAUCAAAGCGAGAGAAAGAAUGUGCUGAGUGUUUUCCUCCCUCUGCCCUUGCCGGCCUUCGCCCUUGCCGGCCUUCGCCCAGGCCGCCCAUCUGUCUGUCCAGCCCAGGGAGAGAGAAUUCCUCUCUGGCGAGUGGGGGCCAGUGGGGGUGGGGACCUCAUUGCAGCCCACUUAACUGGCCUCAUUAUUUUCGCCCGCGCCUUCGUGCUGCGGAACGGCUGAGGCGGAUAGGCAGGGCCAGAGCGGAGGGAGCAGUGAUUUCAGUUGGACUGGAGAGGCCUCGUGCAAACUCCGGGUUCCGGGCGCAGACGCGUUCCCUGCCCUGCUCCCGGCUCAGAGCUUCGGUGCUGCUGUGGUCUGGGAGUUGGCGGCGGCGGGAGCGGCCGCUCCUUCUGGGCCAUCUCCUCUCCCACCUCUGCGGCCAGGCGGCAGCUUCGCCUGACUCGUGCUCUGUGCCCUGGAGCCGCCUCAGUCCCCCUGCACUGAAGCUCCACUCUAGGCUCGGGCAGAAGAGUUUCUGCCCAGAACGGAGGGAGAGACUGAAAUUUAUGACUUGGGCCUCUGCGCGCCCUCAGGCCUGCGUUCCCUCCUCUGCCUGGGGCCUGCGGGCGCUGCUGCCGCCGAAAGGUGUCUCCAGGCUGCCUCAGCCUCACAUCUGGGCCCGGCAUGCCAGGUUGCUGGGAUAAGGUGCCUUUCUGUCCAAAACCCCGGCACUGGUAUUUCCCCAAGAAGCAGGAGAAUGGAGCUCUCUCUCUGGGCUCUGAGCUUUCCCCCCGACUCAAAACUUCACACACACCGGGGCGGGAGCGAUAGCACAGCGGGCAGGGCGUCUGCCUUGCACACGCCCGACCUGGGUUCGAUUCCCAGCAUCCCAUAGGGUCCUCUGAGCACUGCCAGGAGGAAUUCCUGAGUGCAUGAGCCAGGAGGAACCCUGUGCGUCGCGGGGUGUGACCCAAAAAGCAAACACACACACACACACACUCUUCCCUGCGUUCUGCCCCACCCACGUCCUGCCGGUCCUUCGUGACUGAAGUGGGGGGAGGAGUGGGCAAUUUGAGGAGGCCUUUUUGUGCAAAGGAAGCGUGGAGUCAGGAGACCCCCCUUGACGUGCUGCCCCGUGCAAAGAGGAAUAAAAGGGUUCCUUUUCCAAA